CGGCGUUAGAGCAGCCCCGUCGGGCCUUGUUCCGCAGUCCCACCUUCGCUCCGGUCUUUCUAGAAACCCAGCUGCGCUCUUGGCGGUGCCCCGCAGCGUCCCAGACGCGCGUGUGUGUCCCCCAUGGCGGACACGACCCCGAACGGCCCCCAGGGGGCGGGCGCCGUGCAAUUCAUGAUGACCAAUAAACUGGACACCGCAAUGUGGCUUUCUCGCCUGUUCACAGUGUACUGCUCUGCUUUGUUUGUUCUGCCUCUCCUUGGGUUGCAUGAAGCAGCAAGCUUUUACCAACGUGCUUUGCUGGCAAAUGCUCUUACCAGUGCUCUGAGGCUGCACCAAAGAUUACCGCACUUCCAGUUAAGCAGAGCAUUCCUGGCCCAAGCUUUGUUAGAGGACAGCUGCCACUACCUGCUGUAUUCACUCAUCUUUGUCAAUUCCUACCCUGUUACAAUGAGUAUAUUCCCAGUCUUGUUAUUCUCUUUGCUUCAUGCUGCCACAUACACAAAAAAGGUCCUUGAUGCAAAGGGUUCAAAUAGUUUACCUCUGCUGAGAUCCAUCUUGGAUAAAUUAAGCGCUAAUCAACAGAAUAUUCUGAAAUUCAUUGCUUGUAAUGAAAUACUCUUGAUGCCUGCCACAGUUUUUAUGCUUUUUAGUGGUCAAGGAAGUUUGCUCCAGCCUUUUAUAUAUUAUAGAUUUCUUACUCUCCGAUAUUCCUCUCGAAGAAAUCCGUAUUGUCGGACCUUGUUUAAUGAAUUGAGGAUUAUUGUUGAACAUAUAAUAAUGAAGCCUGCUUGCCCAUUGUUUGUGAGAAGACUUUGUCUCCAGAGCAUUGCCUUUAUAAGCAGAUUGGCACCAACAGCUUGAAUUUCCAUGGACAAUUGCAGCAGUUCAGGUACCUUUUGAAAAGAAUGUAACUGAAGAUUGAUCAUAUGACUCUACUUAGUAUCUGUUCUAAAAUAAUAAUGAAGACUAUCCUGUAGACUAUAUACCCAUCAAAUCUGAUUUAAAGGUUAAAUGGAAAGGUUUAUAGGUAAGGUAAUUGACUGGGAAUGGUGCCUGAGGAGGCAUUUUGGAGGAAUAGUGUACAUUUCAGUUUCAUACUGGAUAAAUGCAUUUGGGGGGAAUUGGAUGUAUUAUGCAACUGUGAUUUGAAUAUGUUAAAUCCUAUUUGUUGAGCUUCUAUCAGCUCUGUAAAUUCAUUUUGAUCUUUAUUGUUACAUGAUUAGAAAUGUUUAAAAUGCUGCAAAAAUUUUAGUGCAGAGUAAUGGUUUUUGUAACCAAUUUUCUUGUCUGCAUGUAAGUAACUUAUUAGUAACAUCAGUUCUUUUUGUUCAACUUUCAGAUCUAUAGAAAUGUGGUAUCUACUUGAUAGCUCAACCAUAACCAGCUCUUUUUUGUAAUAUUUUUCUACUAAGUUAGAGAAGCAGCCUCAUAAUAUACAGUUGAUUUUGUGUCUGUAUGUGUGACUAGCCUCAGUAUCACUAUAUAUGUAAUUUGAUGAUUUCAAGAACUAAAUUUUCUAGAGCAAUAAAGUGACUAUAAUGUUAAGUAAACAAUAUAUUAUUGAUUUCUAAUGAUCUUUUUUUUUUUUGUGGUAUGUGCCCCUAGCGGGAACUGAACCCGGGACUCUCUGGUCCGCAGGCCGACGCUCAGCCGCUGAGCCAAACCGGCCAGGGCUGAUCUUUUAAAAAUUAUGUCUUGAAUUAUAUCAAGAAAUUUUAGCAAUGAAGGCAUAUUUAUUUUUAAGUUGCUAGUUUGCUUUCUUUUACAAUUUUUUAAAUCUUGAGAUAAUUUUAGAUUUAUAGAGAGUUGCAAAAAUAAUAAGAGUUCCUGUAGACCCUUUACUCAACUUCCCCUUAUGUUAGCAUCUUAUAUAACCAUCUAUACAGCAUUUACUGUGAAAUUAACCCUGGAAUAAUAUUGUUAAGUAAAU